ACAAAGACAACACUCUCAUCCUGUUACGAAGAGUUCAGUUGUCCACAGGCGUUCAAUUGCAUCGAUUCGAAGAUCAUGAGUGACUCCGGUGAUAGUAGCGAGCAUCUCCAGCCAGAGGCUCCUCUCGAGUCCAUUUUCACGGUUCGUGUGAUUUUGCUGCAAUUGAAGCCGAAGAAGAGCAAGCGAGAAACCGUUGAUCACUGUUGUGCGAAAAUCCGUGAGGCUGUGAAGAAAUAUGGACCAGGAAGUGAAACGUGGACGAUCAGGAACAGGACGAUUGUGUGCAUCUUGCCGGAAUACUUCAACUGCCAAUACGACUUCUCGAGACUUGCCGCCAAUGCUGAGCAGAUUCCUGAUGGCAACACCAGCAAUCAAAUAUCCAAUUUGGCUGCAGAACUGAACAUCAACAUAAUCGCUGGAGCCAUGCCAGAGUAUGGCCACAGCAGCCAUCCUCCGAUCUUCAGCACUUGCGCAAUUUACUCCACGGAGGGAGAAAUCAUCGGAAAGUACAGGAAACUCCAUUUGUUCGAUGUGGACGUUGCCGGCUGCUAUCCAUACAAGGAAAGUGAUAUUUUUACUCAAGGAAGAGACUACAUCACCACUCACAUUGACAAUAUGAUGAUUGGCGUGGGAAUUGGAUACGAUAUCAGAUUUGAUGAAUUGGCGCGUGUCUACCGCAAAGAAGGAUGCAAUUUCCUCGUCUACCCAGCCUCCUUUCCCACCACUCAUGGACCCCGCGACUGGGAUGUUCUUCAACGCGCCCGAGCAAUGGACACUCAAUGCUACGUGGCAACUGUGGCUCAGGCACGCGAUGAUAAGCAUCACUUUCUAUCCUAUGGGCACUCUUCGCUCGUUGAUCCGUUCGGCAAGGUGGUCGCGUGUGCUGGCGUUGAUGAAGCCAUCAUAGCCAGCGACUUGGAUACCAACCUUGUCGAGAGAGCUCGAUUGCAGAUUCCCAUCUCACUCCAUCGCCGAACUGAUGUCUACGACACCAUCAUUUAUUAGAGAUUUCAAGCAUGUUAAUCAGAAUAUUGUACAUUCUCCAGAGUUUUUAUGAUUUGUUGGCUUGCAUGUGUAGUAAAACAUAUUUUUGAGUA